GUCGAGGUGCAAUGACAGUGUUUUUAUCAUCCUCUGCUCGUCCCCUGGAGUGAUUUUUCACGAUUGCAACAAGUCAAGAUCUCAACAAUAAAGUUAGAUAUGAAAUUUCAGGAUGACUCCACUACUUCUGGUGUUGCUCGUCUGCCUAGUCAUCUACACCAGCUUCACCUGGAUCCUUCCUCGAGGUGUUGCCUGGCUGGUGAAACGUAAAUACAAGAUUCACCUCCGAGUGGGUCACAUUUCCCUUCCCUACUUCAUCCUGAGGGACGUGAUAAUCUCGAAGAAUGGAUUUACAAUCGAGAUCGAGGAGAUAACAGUGCGGAGUAGUUUAUUCAGCAGCGAUGUGGCUAAACUCCUGGCAGUGAUGAUGCAUGAUGUGAGAAUUAACAAGGAUGUGCCGGUCUGUCCCACCAGGAUGAACCAGGUGAAGAGCAAUCCAAUGGACUUCAGGAACAGGAAGGUGCCACCGAUGAUAAUAACUUUUGUCCAGUUCAUGGCUGUUCACAUUGAGAAUCUCAAUCUACUUGCCCUUGGGGAUGGCUGGCUCGCCAAUGGCAGUGCUGAGAGUCUCAGUCUUGAUGGGAGUGUCGUCCACGGGGCCAGGACACUCCUGGUGGGGGCAACAGUCGCUGGAGGGGCUAUGAAACUCCUCAGGCAUGCCUCGGACGCCUGUCUCUCACAGGUGAGCUUUGCUGGGAACGUCGAGGCGACAAUUCAGGCCCAGGGUGAACUCACCGUCGAGAAGUUGAAUGUGGGAGUUACACAGUGCGAGGGCUCUGGAGGUCUAGCCCUUGUUCAAUUUGUUAGGGACAGGAAGUCAGGGGGAUCACCUCGCGAGGACGACCUCCAGGAUGGCAGCUCUCAGGAGAUCCUGGCCAGGCUAACACCAAUUAUUCCUAAGGAUUUAUCAAUGAAGAUCGGAAGUUCGUCGAUAAUAGUGGGACGAGAGGACCCAGUGCUCACAGGUCUGGAAGGUACAAUGAAGAAUCUCCUGGUGACGAUGAGAUUUUCUCCGGAUUCCGGGCAGACGUCGUUGUCACUCAACCUGGAGGGUCUGUCAGUUCGAGGAAAGCUGCCAGUCCUGUCCCUGCACUCUCUCUCGAUCUCUUCAAAACUCAGGGACAAUACCCUGACGAUAGACACACGCCUGGCGACUCUCUCCCUGACAUACGACCAUCGAGACUGGGAGUCCUUUCUAUCAGGCCAGCCCCCAGGGAUUCCAACAUCGAGGGUCUCGUCACCCUCGAGAAUUCCCUGGAUCAAAAAAAUCAAGACUACAACAGACCUCCAGGACGGUUCACUGGUGGUUCGCCUGCCAGAGGUGCCAGAGGCCUCCCUCGGGGUCUUCCACAUAAACCUGGAGCUGAAUCGCCUAGGCACCGAUCCCCAGGACUGGACGACAAAACUCCUGAUAGAAUCCCUGCGAUGCACUCUCAAUGGUCAAGAUCCUGGCAUCCCCAAGACCACUCAUCACUGGGGUAAUCCAUUGUCCGUUGGAGUUUUAGUUGCCACAACCCACAAAAAUGCCGUUGGCAUUGCAAUGGACGCCCUGAGGGCUGAGUGGAGUCUCGAGCUCGGGGAAUUUAUCCAGCAGUCCCUCAGGUACAUUAACGAUCACUGGAAACAACCAGCCACCACCCUGGAGCAAUCACCCAAGGACAAAGAGAGAAUUCUCCAACUCAAGAUCAAAGUAUCCAACUGCAAUAUCUUUCUCAUCUCCGAGAGUGGCCUCUCGGUGAUGGUACGUCUUGACUUUGCCAAUAUCGAGCACAACGUCAAGGAGAGAUUCGUCGGUGUUGCAGAGGGUGUAUCCGCCAUCACUCUCAAUCGUAAUGAACCUACCGUCUGCGAACACGCUGAGCACCUGAAAGAGCCAUUUCUCUCCAUCAGAAAGUGCAAGGGUGCUGUCACCUCAGAGGCAAUCAACGUCAGUGUCAAUGCACUCAGUCUCGUCUGGAGUCCCAAUCUCCAUCUUCGGAUUAUGCAGCUCUGCAGGGAGUCCUCGGAAUUCAGGAAGGCCUUCGUCAUCGACUCGCCUGACGAGAGGAACAGCAAACACAGGACCAUUGACUUCCUGGGAACUGGUGGAAUAACUGUGACUCUUGAUAUUGAUGCACAGAGUCACUACGUGGAGCUCUUCUCCGAGGAGCUCAGGUGUUGCAACGGCGAGUGGAGGUCGAGCUUUAUCAAGGGAUCCCUGGACAUGGUUGAUAUAAUUGCCCUGGAGGGGUUGGAGUUCGUUCGUCUCGAUGAGAGCGAUGAGGUGAGACUGGAGAGGCAGAACAACGAGGACUUUCAGGUCGAUUGGAAUGAGACCUGGGCCCUCAGGAUUGAAUCGGCAAAAGCAUGCUUUCCGUACGAGCACUCCUUCGCCGAGGCAAUCCAAAAUAAAUUAUUCUCCCUGAGGAAGUGGCUCAAGGAAAUUCACUCGUCAGGUUCAAAGCAUCCAGGCAAACUCCCCUGUGAUCUAGUUAUUAAAAUCAAGGAGUGGAUCUUCGAGGUCAGCGACGAUCCCUUUGAGAUUCGUCUCAGGGACAACUAUGAACUCCUGGAGGACGAGUACAAGGAGAGCCUCAAGCGACAGGCAAUGCUCGAUACCAAAGUCAAGGAACUUUGUCGUGCUCAUCUACUUUUACCCCAGGGAAAAGUCGAGGAGUUGUACGCAAGUUUGAAUAAAAAAAAUGCUGAGAUAUAUGUCCAGAGGUGGAGGCAGAUGCAGAGGACAGGACCUGCAAGAACUAGAUUAUUCGCCUGGACGAUGCAGCAUCUUGAGAUAAUAGCACUUGCCGAUCCUGUUAUCGAUGGAACUGUCAAUGCAACAGCUGCAAUCGCAGAGAUGGAUUCUGAGUCACCCUGGCCCGAGGAUGGCAUUGAAUUUGGAAUAAUCUGGGUGAGGGGAAUUGCUGUCAAGUGCACCGAGUGGAAAUUACAGCUGAGAGAUUUUCCCCAGCCUCUGCUGCUCGUCGAGGGCCUCAGCAUCUGGGGUAAACUCGCUGGGGCUGAGAUGUUGGCACCACCUAGGGCUAGGAGAACUGUCAGGAUCAGAGUUGGUGCACCCUGGGAGGACAUCGUCGUCGAGAGGGGCAUGACAUCAUUAAAAUAUUAUCACGAUCUCAAUUGGGAUAUUGAUAAUUUCAGAUACGCCUUUGGCCCGUGCUGGGAGCCAGUGAUAGCCCAGUGCAACUUGAGCUUCGAGAAGAUCCUUCAUCCGAGCCGAGAUCCCAGUCCACCCCUGCCCUUCUGGGACAAAAUGCGUCUAGCCCUUCACGGUCGUCUCACCCUGUGCGUCAAACAGCUGACGGUUCUGUUGCACGCCUCCCUGGACCCCUACAACACCACCGAGGAGAUGGAGCUGACGUGGUCGGGUCUCGAGCUCGACUGGACCCUGGGAAAAAUAAUUAUCAAGGGUGAUCUCAACGUGUACGUCAGAACAGCGAGUAAAUACGACGACUGCCGUCUCCUGCAUCUCCCCAACAUCAGAUUAUCCAUGAAGCUGACUUGGGUCUGCCUCGGAGACCCUCGGGAUCAUCACGCAGCAAUUCCCUGCGCCCCAGACAGACUCCCCGAGUACUCCAGCAAUCAGGAGCACGACUCCUUUAGGGCAUUCAGAUCCCAGAAUAUAAAUGUCAGUCUUUCCCUGGAGACGAGGCCCACUGGUUCUCCAACAGUCGUUACACCAGCGCCAACAGCUGUUCUUUAUGGUAGUACCCUCCGGUGGUUUGAGAAUUUGAAAUUUAUCCUGUCUGGAGCAACGAGGCCCACGAGGAAGGGCAAUCUCUUCAGGAACACGAGACCGAGGAAGAAACAACUGAGUCGACAUUACAAAAAGGUCAGGCUGACACUUGCCUUUCACCAGUUUCACGUGAGCUACUGGAUGUCAUUCGCCAUGCAGAGGGGCUUCGAAGUCACUGGUGGACGUGUCGCGUGUUCAUCAGAGCACAAUCUCUCGCUUUACCCAAUUGACGAUGGACUCAUCCAUCGACCGAGAGCCGAAUGGUCCAUCAUCUAUAUGAACUGUGAACUCAGUGAUGCUGAGAUCUGGCUGAAGAGUGCACUCCAGGAGGAAGAGGAGUCCGCCUCCCUCCGUCAGCCAGUGGAGAAGUGCUACUGCCUGAGUGUGACGAGAGUGAGCUACGGUAGGGAAGCCCUUGUCGCUGGAAUCAGUGGGGAUACACCAACCCAUCGUCUAGUGGUGCACGACCUGAAAGGCGCCUGGACGAAGACAAAUCGAGACGUGGCGUUCGCUCUCUUCGAUUCUUUCAUCAAGACUCAGCAGCUGAAGAGAAAUCUAUCGACAGCUGCUCUCAAGGGUUUCCACAGGAGCGAGAAAACACCCAAGAAUACCAGGACGAGGUCCAUCGAGGCUGUCAUAAGCACAACUGGUACAACUCCAGGUACCACAAGCACAACAACAACCACCACGUGCACCACAACCACCACUACGAGCACCAGUACAGCAUCCAGCAUUGCAUCCACGUCGUCAGAGGGGAACCAGGAGUCCUCGGUGGUCAAGUCCCAUCAGAGUGAAGCUGCGGGCAUGCUUCAGCGAUUAAUUGCUGAAGCUGCUAAUAAACCUGUCGCCUUCAGUGAUGACUUGUCCGUUCAGACGAGGGGUCAGCAGCUCAGGGGCUUGGCUGCGUGCAAUCAGGAUGAUGUACUCCAUAAAAACUGGCUGAUAGCUCUGGUCAACUCUCAGGUAUUACUCAAGGGGAUCGAGACCAAAGGAUACGUGAUAUUGUCGGCUGCAAAGGCAGAGAUACUCCAGAGAGUUCAUCGUCCAGUCUGGAGAGAGAGAACUCUUGUCUCGAAGACGACGUGGGUUGGAUCCCUGGAGUGCAUGCAGUAUUAUGCAACAGUGUCAGCUAAUAUCGAUGAUAAUAUCGAUGACAAUAAUAUCAUGUGGCUGACCCUGGAUAAUAUCCAGGAGAAGGACUCGGUGACAGUGUCAGGAUUGCCAGAUGUACCAGCACUUGUUGGUUCAGGUCAGAGUGUCGGUGGUGUUGUAAGUCAAACUGUUGGAGGUGGUGGCGGCCUCCAGCAUCAACUCCAGAGAAUAGUCUCGAGAUGUAAAUGUGAAUUUUUCUACGUGGGCUAUGGCCAGGCCCUGGACGAAGUCGAGCUCGAGCAGAUGCCACCACCACCCCCCGAGGAAGUCACCCCCUGGGAGCGAAAGGAUCUCUCAGCAGCCGAUGCAUUCACCCUGAUGCACCACGAUCUCGACGUCUGCACGAAUUCACUGCAGUACGCGAUGCUCCUGGACGUUGUUAAUAAUCUCCUGCUGUACGUCGAGCCCAGGAGGAAGGAGGCUAUGGAGAGACUCCAGAGGAUGAGAUUCCAGCUGCAGUUGCACUCUGUCGAGGACCAGAAGAGGCCAAUACAGCAGCUUCAGAAUACAGUCAGAGGUCUUGUCGCUAAAUUGAGAAGACUUGAGAGGGAGACGUACCUGGUGCAGAAGGCACUCGCUGAGGAAUCGAGCUCCGACCUUGUAGCUGACAUCGAGAAACUCGAGGCGAGGGUAUUCGAGUGCAAGGAGUCACUCGGCGCUAAAGCUGAAGAACUCGAUGUUAUGCUGAGUUGUUACAAGGAGACAACAGCACCAGCUGCUGCAUCAACGAGUCUCAAGGAUAAACCAGCAGCUGUCGCUAGAGCUGCUGAGAUUUGCUUCAAGCACGCACAGUGGAGACUCACCGAUGCCGAUGGACAGCUGGGAAUCGCGGAUUUAAUUCUCACGAAUUUUCUUUACACCAAGACCAGCAAGACCGACGACUCCGUCGAGCAUCUCCUCGAAUUGGGUUACGUCAGGAUGACCAAUCUCCUACCCAAUCAGAUUUACACUGAGGUACUGGUGCCCACAGAGCUGCAGAGCAACAUGCCAGUGGACAGACAGAGAGCCCUCAGGGUCUUCUGCAGGGAAAAAGCACCUGUCGCUGGGAUAUCCGUGAAGGAGCACUUCGAGAUCAACGUCGUACCCCUCACCAUCGGUCUCACCAAAAAAUUCUUCAAUACCAUGCUGAAGUUUUGCUUUCCUGAGAGAGAUCCCGAUGGUAUCGAGGAACCACCUGCACCCCAGAGAGACUCCUCUUUCUAUGUACCCAUCGAGAGGAGGGAUGACGUCGAAAAAAUGAAAGAGAGAGCUGACAAGAACAAAUUAUUCAUAUACAUCAAAAUACCUGAGGUACCUGUCACUGUUUCGUACAAGGGUAACAAGGAGAAGAACUUGGAGGACGUCAGGGAUUUUGCACUUGUAAUUCCAACACUGGAGUAUCACAAUGUCACCUGGACGUGGCUCGAUCUUCUUCUGGCAAUGAAGAGUGACUCCAGGAGGGUCAUACUCAGUCAGGCUAUCAAGCAGAAGCUGCAGAUUAAACCGAGGGGACCUCAGGAGGAGAGCACACCCCAGGAGGAGGACAAGGCUAGGCUUUUGCUUGGGGCUAGGCAUCAUCCUGGUGAUGCUAGGAAGAAGAGCGUUUUUAAGUUUAAGUGAGAGAAGGCGAGAUGUAUUAUUGAUUAAUAAAAUAAUUUAUUUUUUUUUA